CGGGCCGGCGAAUCCCUGGGCGCCAGGUCGGUGGGCGGCCGGAGCAUGCGGGGCGGCCGGCGGCCCGCGGCGCGCAGCGCGUUCGUUCCCCCGCGGCGGUGGCGGCGGCGCGCGGCGGCUCUCCCGUGAUCUGCGGCGGCCGGAGCUGCCGGCUGGGCGCGGGGCGGACGGAGCCGGCGGCGCCAUGUGGAGCGGCCGCAGCUCCUUCACCAGCCUGGUGGUGGGCGUGUUCGUGGUAUACGUGGUGCACACCUGCUGGGUCAUGUACGGCAUUGUCUACACCCGCCCGUGCGCCGGCGACGCCAACUGCAUCCAGCCGUACCUGGCGCGGCGGCCCAAGCUGCAGCUGAGUGUGUACACCACCACGCGGUCCAACCUUGGUGCUGAGAACAACAUCGACCUAGUCUUGAAUGUGGAAGACUUUGACGUGGAGUCCAAAUUUGAAAGGACAGUUAAUGUUUCUGUGCCAAAGAAAACAAGAAACAACGGCACACUGUACGCCUACGUCUUCCUCCACCAUGCCGGGAUCCUGCCGUGGCGUGACGGGAAGCAGGUGCACCUCGUCAGUCCUCUGACCACCUACAUGGUCCCCAAGCCAGAAGAAGUCAACCUGCUCACGGGGGAGCCCACCGCGCAGCAGCAGAUCGAGGCAGAGAAGCCAUCGAGCGCGCUGGAUGAGCCGGUUUCUCACUGGAGACCGAGGCUCACGCUGAACGUGAUGGUGGACAACUUCGUCUUCGACGGGUCCUCCCUGCCGGCCGACGUGCACCGGUACAUGAAGAUGGUCCAGCUGGGGAAGACCGUGCACUACCUGCCCAUCCUGUUCAUCGACCAGCUGAGCAACCGGGUGAAGGACCUGAUGGUCAUAAACCGCUCCACCACCGAGCUGCCCCUCACCGUGUCCUACGACAAGGUCUCGCUGGGGCGGCUGCGCUUCUGGAUCCACAUGCAGGACGCCGUGUACUCGCUGCAGCAGUUCGGGUUUUCGGAGAAGGACGCCGAUGAAGUCAAAGGCAUUUUCGUGGACACCAACUUGUACUUCUUGGCCUUGACCUUCUUUGUUGCCGCCUUCCACCUGCUUUUCGAUUUCCUGGCCUUUAAAAACGACAUCAGUUUCUGGAAGAAAAAGAAGAGCAUGAUCGGCAUGUCCACCAAGGCAGUUCUCUGGCGCUGCUUCAGCACGGUGGUCAUCUUCCUGUUCCUGCUGGACGAGCAGACGAGCCUGCUGGUGCUGGUCCCGGCGGGCAUAGGAGCCGCCAUCGAGCUGUGGAAGGUGAAGAAGGCCCUGAAGAUGACUGUGGUCUGGAGGGGCCUGAGACCCGAGCUGCAGUUUGGCACUUACAGUGAAUCCGAGAGGAAAACCGAGGAGUAUGACACUCAGGCCAUGAAGUACCUGUCCUACCUGCUGUACCCUCUCUGCGUCGGGGGCGCCGUCUACUCGCUGCUGAACAUCAAGUAUAAAAGCUGGUAUUCCUGGUUGAUCAACAGCUUUGUCAACGGAGUCUACGCCUUUGGCUUCCUCUUCAUGCUGCCGCAGCUCUUUGUGAACUACAAGAUGAAGUCGGUGGCGCAUCUGCCCUGGAAGGCCUUCACCUACAAGGCGUUCAACACCUUCAUCGACGACGUCUUCGCCUUCAUCAUCACCAUGCCCACGUCGCACCGGCUGGCCUGCUUCCGGGACGACGUGGUGUUCCUCGUCUACCUUUACCAGCGCUGGCUUUACCCCGUGGAUAAGAGCAGAGUGAACGAGUUCGGGGAAUCCUACGGGGAGGAGCCCACACAGAAGCCGCACGCAGACUGAUCGCCGCCUGGACGCCGGGCUGCCGUGCUGAGCAGAGCUUGCAUUGUCAACUGGGUAUUUCUGGAAGCUUCUGGUGGAAUCUUCUGGACGUUACGUCUUCUGCAUUGCCAAAAUCCCUUCGAACGUUUCUCGUACGUCUCCCGAGUUCCCUUCGUGUUGGAUUUGGAAGGUGCUGGUAGCAUCACGAUGCCACGUGUGAACAUCUGUCUUGGCCACGGAGCUGGGCGCCGGUGGUCCCCUGGGCUGCGUGGCAGCUCCCAGCACAGGAGUACCGGGGGCUGGGCUGUGUCAUGACCCGCACCCAGCACCUGCCGGGGCCCUGGGAGGCAGGGAGGAUGCGGGAUUUCCAUUUCAAGUUGUUUUUUAAGUGCUCCUUACGUGAAUUCAAAUGCAUAUGGAAAUUCAUUCCAUGUGGACUCUGGGAUCAAAUGGCUUUUCCCCUUUUGUUUAAAGUUUGAUUGUUUUAAAGCUUUACGUAUGUUUGUAUUUUAAAAUAAAUUUUUCUGGCUGUG